CUGACUUGAGGUUAUCUCAGUGCCAACACCAAGCAAUAAAAUUUACAACAGCUUGAUGGCAAAUAAGGAGGAGCGAUAGACUUCCAUCAAUGAAUAAAGCGUGUGGUGUCCAUGCCUGAGUGAGGUUUGGCCAGGAUGGAUGAGGAGAUGAGUGGAGGAGGAGCUGAAGAGGCAGAACCGACACCUGAAACUCCAGCAGCACCAAAACGAGGCAGAGGCAGACCACGUAAAGAAGCACAGGAACCUGCUGAUCCCACUGCUCCUAAAAGACCAAGGGGAAGACCUAAAGGUAGUAAGAAUAAGACCCAGUCUGCAACACCCAAAGAGCCACCAAAGGAAAAGAGACCUCGAGGUCGACCUAGAAAAUGGCCUCAAAAAACAGACGAGAAACAAGAACACCAGCUUAAGGAAGAAGAGGCAGGACGAGCCGAGGACCAGCCGUCGUCGCCAUCUUUAAAUCUACCUCACUGGUUGCUUUGAGUCUCGGGUGUUGUGCUACAGUCGCGUUUACAUCUGCAAUAGUUUUCAGUUAAACUACGCAGAGAGCCUG